UCCAUACGACGUAAAUUGACCUUCUCCACGGCCUCAUAGUUGCUCGUCGUCCUAGAGCCACACGGGGAGGACGUUUGAUGGUUUCUCUCAGCCUUGUUUGAUUUUUGCUCGCUUGUUGUAGAAAACAAGCAGUCAGCCAUGCCGACAACGCUGGAAGUUCCGACGCAGCAGGAGCUGAAAGUGGAUGAGAUAAACGUGUCAUCUGCCGUUCUAAAGGCUGCCGCCCACCAUUAUGGCUCCCAGUGUGACAAAGCCAACAAGGAGUUUAUGCUCUGUCGCUGGGAGGAGAAGGACCCAAGAAAGUGUGUAGAAGAAGGGAGGAAGGUCAACGAAUGUGCACUAAACUUUUUCAGGCAAAUCAAGGGAAACUGCGCCGAGUCCUUCACGGAGUAUUGGACCUGCUUGGAUUACACCAACCUGGCAGAACUACGCCACUGCCGCAAACAGCAGCAGGCGUUUGACAGCUGCGUCCUAGAUAAACUGGGCUGGGAGAGACCUCAGCUGGGAGAUCUAUCUAAGGUUACCAAAGUGUCAACCUCGCGGCCUCUCCCAGAGAACCCUUACCACUCUAGACCUCGUCCUGAGCCCAACCCGGUCAUCGAAGGCAAAUUGGAGCCUUCCAAAUAUGGCAGCAGGUUAUUCUUCUGGAACUGGUAAAAACGGCUCCAGAGGGACAAAAAAAAAAAAAAUCAGUCACCCUCCAAAGUUAUGGGUUCUGUCCAAAAACAGCAAGACUAUUUAUGAGUAUCCAUACGAUGGUGAUCAUGUCAAGUGGUUAAAUCUCUCAGGUGUGAACACACGUGUUUGUGAUGGUACUCUUUGCUCCCUUUUCUGUGGAAACGGUUGGAUUUGGACAGGACUCAUGUCUUUACAGCUGUACCCCAGCAGCUUUUGUCAGUUUCACGAAGGAAAGAACAAACUAAAUCAGUUCCUGCAGCUUUCCUAACCAUUUCUGUACGUGUGUUGAUUGAACAAAACCAACAAGUUGUUAUUGUUGGCAGAUAAUAAAGAAAUAAAUUAUAAAUCUGGAA